AUUAAAUCUCAAACUUGAGCAUCUGUACAACGAAUGUUGACGGAUUCUUUACCCCAUCAACACAUUAAUUUUAUCAUCUAUUUACUUCAUAAAGUUUGUUUUGUUUCUAGAUUCCACCGGUUUUUUAACUGGAUCACUUCGAAACUUUUCUACUAUCCUUCUUAUGCAUCUUAGACAAUACUCUUGGCUAUUGAUCUUAUUCUAUCAAUUAUUAAUUUUUUCUAGCUGCUUAAAAUUCCACAAUCACCCCAAGCAUUAUUCUUCCUUCAUAAAUAAUCUUGUUCUUACUAGAAGGCAUAAAUUUUUUGACCUAUUUUCUCAAACAUUGCCAGAAAUGUCAAAGAGACCACGUGUGUAUUUCGAUUUAACCGUCGGCGGAGCUAAGGCCGGACGCGUCGUUUUCGAAUUGUUUAGCGACGUUGUUCCUAAAACUGCCGAGAACUUCAGGGCUUUGUGCACUGGAGAAAAGAGCACUCCCGGAAACCCUCUCCACUACAAGGGCUCUACAUUCCACCGUGUGAUUCCCCAUUUUAUGUGCCAGGGAGGUGAUUUUACCAACCAUAACGGCACCGGAGGAAAGAGCAUAUAUGGAGCUAAGUUCGAAGAUGAGAACUUCACAUUGAAACACGACAGACCCUUCCUCCUAUCUAUGGCAAAUGCAGGCCCCAAUACCAACGGCUCCCAAUUCUUCGUUACCACCGUCGUGACACAGUGGUUGGACGGUAAGCACGUUGUUUUCGGCGAGGUUGUUGAGGGGAAAGACGUCGUCAGGGCAGUUGAAGCUGUUGGAACUCAAAGUGGAAAACCAACAAAACCCGUCGUUGUUGAGGACUGUGGGCAACUCUAAUUUCACAACGCAGUAUAUAAUUCCUAAUCUUAUCUGUUCUUCA